AUGUGGGAGCAGUGGCAGGCCUGGGCGGCGCAGCAGCAGUGGCACUCUCAGGCCGCGUGUGGAGGGUUCGUGUACGGCACCGCGGCGUGGCAAGAGCAGCACUCGAUUGCGAUGGCGUGGGUGCCGUCGUUCACCGCGCCCCACGGCGCGGCAGGUUGGGGGUGGGCGCAGCCCAUGCAGUUCUUUCCGCACCCCCAUCAGCAGCACCACCCCUACCACUACCAGCAGCAGCAGUGGCAGCAGCAGCAGCAGCAGCAGCAGCAGCAGCAGCAGCAGCAGCAGCAGCAGCAGCAGCAGCAGCAGCAGCAGCAGCAGCACGACCAGCCGCUCCCCACAGAAGGCGCCGAGCAAAGCGGCGAUGCUGACGACGCCGCAGGCUCGCCUUGA